UUUUUCAGGACGCAUGAAACAUGUUGGGAAUGAGAAUUCGUUUUCAGUAUUCAGAUCUGUAAUAAUUACAACUCAAGAAGUGACAACGGACGAAAAUGCUUUUAGUCAGACUUACAACGAAUUUGUGACUGUAAAUGUAGUAAUCAAGACGUUCAAACCAUCUGUUUGCCCAACCAGCAAACGGAGUUUUUGGGAGGACGUUCUUCAAACUUUCUGUCGUCUGUGCCACGAUGAUCUAGCCAAGUUGGUUCUCAAAUAUGUCAUUUUAAACCAAACGGCUAUUGACAAUCUGUCUGAAAUACCGAUUUUGUUUGACCUCACAGUCCGCGAUGAAGUCGAAAUAGUCGGCAUAUUAAAAGAAUUAAAACUUGUUUGCUCCACUAAAUUACUAAAGUAUUCUAGAAAUUCCGCCUUGUUAGAUACGAAAAAAUUAGAAACAAUCUUUUGGGAUCCCACUGAUCUUACCAAGUCAAUCAAUAAUCUGCCGAAUCCAGGCAAGUGGUGUCAGAGAACGUCAACUAGUGUUAUUCAUGUCGUAGGAGCUUGUGCAUCCUGGAUUAAUGCUCCUGAGGGCUACGAAAUCCACCGGCCUGAGCGUGUGCCGCGAGAAGAGGGGCACAAGGGGACAACGACUGAUGCCUCUGCAGAUGGAGGGGGAGGGGGCUUCAAAGUGAUCUACUAUUCAGACUCUUUCUUCGAGAGUAAUUUCUUUCCCAGCCACGGGGACAUCAUCCUUUUGUACCCAGGGAACUAUUACUGUGGCUGGCAAGUGCGCUCUAUUUUCGUAGUCCCAAGUGUAGAGCUUUACGGAGUGAAUAAUGGCAUCCACGAACUAGAUGUUGUCGGCACCUCUCGCUACUCGGAGCUGUGUUCGACAGAUGGAGGUCUCUUGGACGUGGGAUCCUCUUUCUACCAACCAUUUCCAAUAUAUAAUAUUUUCGCAAACCUGACUGUCAGAUCUCGCCAAGACGGCCGACCAAUCUCUGUGCGAGGAGCGGAGGUGCACCUGUUGCUGUUCAACUGUUGUCUGAAAACUGCCCACUUCCCUGCCAUUCUAUUCUCUCCAUCAUCUGUUGGGACCCUGCUAAUGAGGAGGUGUUUCGUGUCUGGGGCCAUGGACAGCUGCCUGGUGCUAGGCAAGGCCUCCGACAUAUCUGCCGUGCAACACAUUGAUAUCUCUCUGAAAGACUGCAAGAUCACGAAAUCUGGGCGUGGCUACCUGACUAAACGAGGCCACUCCCCUGCAAUAUCUAUUCUCACAGUUUCCUCACUGGAGAUAGAAGGGUGUGUUGUGAGAGACAAUGUCGGCCAUGCCUUCCAGAUGAGAGCCCCGAAGCACCGCAGACCCAACAAGCUCACACUAAAGGGCAAUGUGCUGAAAAGGAACCAGGCAUGCGACUCACUUUCAUUAGCCUUGACCCGUACAACCAAGUCCACACAUGGACAUGACGAUAGUGGAUCGAAAUAUGAUAUGAAAAAACAGGCUAAUGAGUGUUGUAAAUAUAGGCCGGCAUCGCCAAACGCGACUGCGACGUCAUUUAGUUCAACGAGUGUAGCCGGAGGUAGUAGUGGAGUUCCAGGACACCACCAGCAGCCGGAGAGUAAAGAGGACGGAUCUCUGGUAGUGAGAGGCAGAUAUUGUUUCCAGUGCGGGCAGCCGGCACAGAAGAUAUGUGGUCACUGCCGCAAUGCGUUCUAUUGCAAUGUACAGUGUCAGUUACAACACUGGGGAUCCCAGUCUGGUGAAACAGGGGGGUGUGUUGGGGGACACAGGAGAUAUUGUGUCAAGUAGAGAGAGGGAGAGAGAUUGUUUGUCAUAGAAAAUCAACCAGGGGAAGGAGGGAUGAAGAGUAUGGCAGACUGUGAAAAUAAAUGCAUCAAUAAGUUUGACAUUUUUUUUGAUUUAGAGGAAUAGAUCUUGCUUCUGAAUUUAGUUUUCUUCUAAUUCUUUUCAUUCAAAUAACAUGACUGUAUAACUGAUGUAAUUUUUAACUAUGUGAAAUAUGUGGUUCGUUAUCAUUAAUGACAAGAAAAAAUGGCGCAAUAAAUCAA